AUGGCGAACUGAUCACACAUUUUCACAAAAGAUGCCUUGAAAAAAAUCGGAAUAUUGGCCAAGUCUUUGCAAAAUCGUACGUCCCCAGGACCUUGGGAUACGUAGACGAUAUCACUGAUUUAACAUACUGACUAUGGGAGCUAGAAAUAGCACAAGUACUCGACCUCGUAGUUUUUCGAGUAGUGACGAUGGUAGUGCAAGUGGAGCACUGGGUUUGAGUGCUGGGAUGGCCAUGGCAGGCUACCUUGGGGGCCCCAGCUCCAGCAAUGGUGCUGCCAGGGCUAGGGCUAGUAGUAUUCCUGGGUUUGGGCCGGGAAGGCACGGACAUGGUGUUAGUAUACCGACAUCUAAUGGGGGAGCCCAUGGGGCAGGUUCCCCGGACUCUGAUUCCAGCCCCGAUGAGGGCCCGUUUCGUGGAUUUAUGCAAGCAAGUUCUUUGCCUCCUCUUGGUGGGCUGUUGAUUCACGGUAUAAAAUGUCCAGUGUGUUCGAAAUAUGUCCCACCCGAUGAUAUCGAGUGUCAUCUAGUUAUGUGCCUCACCAAACCUAGAAUCACUUACAACGAGGACAUAUUGCAAGAAGACAAAGGGGAAUGUGUAAUAUGUUUAGAUGAUCUAGUACAAGGAGACACAAUUGCCAGACUACCCUGUUUAUGCAUAUAUCACAAGAGUUGUAUAGACGCUUGGUUUGAACGAAAUCGAUCCUGCCCUGAGCAUCCUCAAGAAUGACGCUGCUCACAUUGCGGAAAACGUUGAGGACUUGCUUUUCCUUCCGGCCUCGCCAAAGAACAUUGAUUUCUGCUACCCUGGAGAUUAACGAGGGAAAAUGAGAUUUAUACAAAUUAUGGACGAUCGGGCUUCCUCGAGCUUAAUCUUUGUGUGUUUGGAAUCUGUCAGGGGGCGUUACUUGUCAGUGUGGCAGCACCAGGUCGGUUGUAAUAGCAGAAAAACAACAACCUGGGUGAAACAACUAGGGCAAAACUCAUCACGUCUCAUGUUUUUCCUGUGCGUCAUUGUGACAUAAUUUGCUGGCUCUGUUAGCGCUUACCGCCUGACUUCAUAUACGUCAUCAGCAGUUAGCAUUAGCGUCACGAUAUUCGCACAGUGCUCUUUAUCACUGUCGUAAUGACACCUGGCAGAUUCCUCGAAACGGCACAUUUGAUCAAGGUCGAGACAUAUGACGGCACAAUUGAAUCCAAUUCAAACUGUGCGACAAGCAAGUGUGCCAUGUCAAAUGUAACGAUGGAAGCUGAGCUUUUUGACUUGUGAUGCUGUGCUCAACUAGUAGGGCUCAACCUGUCUCCAGACUAAGUUGAAUCAUGGAGAAGACUCUCUUCAAAUGACUGGAUAUUAAGGGUCAUUGGGGCACUUCAAGAAUAAAUAAAGACUCGUCUUUAUUCAUUCAUUCAUGAUUGCAUACAGUAUUAAAGGCAGUAUGGACAAAAUUCGGAUGAAUUUCUAUUCUAGUCAUUCAAAUUCAAGAACUUUUAUCUCACUUUCCUGGCUUGAUGGAAUAAUUGGGCUUAAAUUUGUGGGGGUCGCAAAGGUCAAGGUUAAAGUGAAGAGCUGUAUGAGUAGCUUCCUGUUACCCAGAAUGCCUCUGGAGACCAAUUAAUGACACUUAAAACCUGUCCUCAUGACCAGUUUAUUUUUAGGUAUCGCCGAAGUUGGUUUGACAACAUCUUUGACCGAGUUGAGUUUUCUUUUCACGUGACAUGAUGUACAUGUAUGUUUGCCUCACCUGGUUACGUCAUGAAUAAUGAGCAUGUUCAUUGUUGGAUUCAGAUGUGACCCAUGAAGGUGACAAGAGAACACCUCUGAAGUUGCGGUUGUUCAUUCUUCUAUUCAGAUUCGCAUGUUAGAAAUGCCAAGCAUGACAUGUGACAAGUCAACUUCGAAUGUAAAACUAAGCCUUACAAGUCGGGAAGGACAGACAGUCCUGUGCAGAUCUCUUGAAAAAAUCGUCGACAUUUUUGUGAUAGCAGAUUAAAAGUCGAGUCAACCUUGAUAUUUGAUGAGAAAGAUUUAUUAAAUUUACUAUAAAUUGCUGGGCUGAUUUGCCUGUAUUGGCAGAAUCUGUGUAAAUAUUCAUGUAUAAUUCAUGCCUGGUUUGCUUUAGUCCAAUUUUUUACAUAGAUUUUUGACAGCAAAACAUAAAAGGGGCAUUUGAGAAUAUUUUGGACAACAAACAAUUUGGAAUGAUUUGGAAAUUUGGUCAAUUUUUGAAUUCACGUGUUUGUUUUUAGUGCUUGUCUGAAAUUAAAAUAGCUGAUACAUUUGCAGAAAUUUUCAUGCUAUAAAUGUUAGGAUUUGCCACUCUUUGUGAAAAUUAUGAAGUGUUUUGUGUCUUUAAAAGACUUUUGCAGUUUGUAGUAAUUGUCCAUGGUUGUUUCGCCAAGGCAUCUUGAUAAUCAGCCUAUAGUCAGGACAAAUACUGUGCAAUUUCCCAAAGUAUUCUCGAAUGUCCCUAAUGCACCUUGGUGCAGAUUGCUACAUGUGCACUCAUGUACUUCAUGAGGGAUUCAGUCCAUCGUAUUUUGAAUUGUAAAUAUAAUUUAUCAAGUUAUGGGGAGAAUUCACAGCAAUUUUAUAAUGUUAUCAGUUGGUCAGGGAUACUGGUCUGGCAGUAGUGGCAAGCCAGUGGUCUCUCAUUCUGAAGUUCUCACAUGUAUGGUGAUUGGGCUAUUUCUUCACAUUUUUACACAUAUAUAGAAAUAUGUUUGUAUGCCAGAAACAUAUUUUGCAUUUUAGACCAAGAAAUAUGUGUUCCUGAUGAUGUUAGGCAUGUUAAGGAUGAUAUUCACCAAGAAAACACUAAUAUAGGUCAAUUGAAAGCAUUUGAUAACCCUCACUAAUCGGUCUUCAAGACAACUCAUGUAUAAGAAAAAUAAUAAUUGUGAGACCACGAUGGAUGAAAUUUGGCAUGUCAAGUCACUUGUUAUUGCUUCUAUCAUUAUUGCUGAAUCUGUGACCCAGAUGUACAUUGUGUGAAAUUUCGUCAUUUCAUUGCAUCUGUGUGUGAUGAUGAUGUCUUUUUCAGAUGAAGUACAUUUAUACUAAAUUGUAGGCACUGGAAAUGUGUUCAGAAAUGAACGACCAGAAGGACUUUACGGCAUAGACACUUUGUGGCUUAUUUGUUUCAAUAAUGAAUGGUUUGAUACGUGGGCCAUUUAGAUAUUUAAGAUAUUUUGUUAUAUGUGUAGAGGCAAGAGGGUUGGUCCAUUCUAAAGUAUAUGUAUGUGUACGCCAUAAUGAGUUUCUCAGACCGAUAAAAGGAGCGACGGAUGUUAGCCGUUGAAAAAUUCCAAAAUAACAGUAGUUUGCCAUUGAUUAGCAUGAAAUUAUGAAGUAUAGAGAAAUUUUCUUAAUCAUGUUUUACACUAAUGAAAUAUUUUUUUAUAGAAAUGAAAAAGAAGAUUUCCAAAUGAUUGGAUCACCUUCAGUUUUAUCUGUGAUUAUAUUUACUUCCUUUUGUCCAAAUGUAAAAUAUUUUCGCCGCAAAAUUGUUUCAUUUGUUGUGUUUUGGUGAUGUUUUUGUGUUUUACAUGAUCACAUGUUUGUGAAAUAACAACUGUUUGUCCUAAACCGUAAUGCAGACAAGUUACAUUUAUUACAGUGACGUGCAAUAAUAAUUGCUGAGAUGAACUUGUCCAGAGGUAAAAUUGCUCGUCACCGUGAUCUGAAAUAUUUAUAUAAGUUACCAGGAUGGAGGGCUUUUAUUGUGGGCACCCCAUUCACUAGAUAAAUUUUGUGUUUAGAAUUAUCUUGCCUUCUACUUCACUGUACUGUAAGCUGUCACUCUGCGUGAUUUCAUCAAAACAUCAAUGCACACGACAUGAUGGGGUCAGUUUAAGUGUUCUCAACUGGAAUACACUGGAAUGAGGAAGCACUUUGAAAAAUGGAAAAGCCCUGAAUGAAACACGACUAAUGUCAUCUUGAUUUUAGUCCCAACAUUGUCUUUCUAAUUCAAUUUAUUUGUAGUUAUCAGGGCACCUAAUAAUAUUAAGGUGUCCAGCAUUUUACAGUCCCAAUGGUGUUCCUUCUGUACCUUCAAGUGUACGUGUAGGUUACCUGUCUUGAACAACCUGUCUCUGUUCUUACUGAUUUGGAAUUACGGUACUGAAAUAGUCAUGGUCUUGUGAAACUUUUUUAAAAUGUGAAGACCUCGUUAUCUUGUAUAUAGAUGCAUUCUACGGCCUUACUGUAGUGUAAAUGUGGCUAAAAAGCUGUGAUGUGUACAUUUUGAAUGACACAAUAAAGUGCUAGUAAUCAAAGAUUAUGAA